AUGCCUGUUUACAGUUCUCAGCGAUUGCAGAAGAUGAUGAUGCAGCUUCAGUGUUAUGACCUGAGUGUUGUUUAUAAGAAAGGAACCGAGUUAUACAUCGCGGACACGUUGUCCUGUGCACAUUUGGGAGAAACUAUGGCAGAUGAGGAAGAUGAAUUCGAAGUUUUGAUGGUCACUCCAAUUGCACCUUGGAAAAUGGAUGAACUAAAGAAAGAAACAGCUUCUGACCCGGUAUUGGCCAAGCUGAUAGCCACCAUCGAUAGUGGCUGGCCCGAAUUGUUGAAAGAAACAGACACAGAGCUACAGGUAUUCUUUAACUUUAGAGAGCAACUAAUUGUGCAAGAUGACAUUGUUUUUAAAGGUGAAAAGAUAGUGGUUCCAUCUUCUUUGGGGUCUGAAUACCUCAACCAGAUUCACCAAGGGCAUCCUGGUUCGGAAGCCAUGAAGAACAGAGUGCGUGAUAUAUUUUAUUGGCCAGCUUUGUCCAGAGACGUUGAAGCCUUGUUGCCACAGUGCUCUGUUUGUAAUGCCUAUCGUCACCAUCAACAAAAAGAGCCUCUCAAGAUUCACGAAGUUCCAGUUCGACCCUGGUCUGUUGUUGCAUUUGAUCUCUUCACGUGGAAUGGAUCAGAUUAUCUUAUAACAGCAGAUUCAUAUUCUGGUUGGUUUGAGUUAGAUACCUUAAACAGUGGGACAUCAUCCAGGACAGUUAUUCAAAAGUUGAAGGCGCACUUUUUGAGAUUCAGAAUACCAGACGAAUUAUUCACAGAUAAUGGCCCUCAGUACUCAAGUUUGGAAUUUAGAGAGUUCUCCAACGAAUGGGGUUUUGUACACAAGACCAGCAGUCCUGGGUUUCCCCAAAGUAACGGCCUUAUCGAGAGAGCAGUUCAAACCUCCAAGAGAAUGCUGGAUAAGUGCAAGCAUGACGGAACUGAUCCUUACAUAGCACUUCUCAAUCUAAGAAAUACACCUCGUGAUCAAAUUCUUGGUUCUCCAGCACAACGCCUUCAAGCCAGAAGAUUGAAAUCCAAGUUACCGACACCCUCUCCAUUGCUUGUCCCAAAAGUGAUUGAUCCUUUGUCAGUGAAUGAGCAGUUGUUGCAGAAAAGGUUACAGCAAAAGAGAUAUUUCGACAAGUCAGCACGUCCUUUACCAAGUCUUCAAAUCGGUGAUAAAGUGCGAGUUCAAACACCAGUUGGGCAUGCACGUUUUGGAGUUGUUAGAAGGUCACCAACACCUGAACAACCAAGAUCGUAUAUCGUAACGGUGAACAGUAAGGAUUAUUGA